UUACGUUUAGGGUAACAUUUUUGUUGAUCCGGACAUAUUGCGAAUCGCGGCAUAAUGUUGCCGAUACCGAAACCGAUCGGCUUGAAGUUGUCCCAGAACAUCUAAACUCACCUAAUGUAUUUUAACUCGAAAGUAAUAGUUUCCCAUUAGGUAGUUUUUGUAUUAGUGAUUUUUUGGCGUUUCAACAUGGCAGAAAAUAUGAUACGUUUACAAGAGGAGCUUAAUAAUAUACCACUUGCUGAUGAAGAUGCUCAAGAUGAGAGCGAAGCUGAGACUGAAGGCACAGAAGAUCAACAAGAUCUUGGGCACCAGAGUUUUGAAUCAAUUCCAUCAGCAUACACUAAUGGGUCCAAUAGUCCUGCGCCGCCUUUGCUAGAUCCGGAUUUGAGCCCUGAUGAAAUGGAAGAAAAAACUAGAUUAAUUUCUCAAGUGUUGGAAUUGCAAAAUACUUUGGAAGGUAUGCAUUUUCUCUUAUUCUUUAAGACAUCUCAGAUUGUUUAGUUAACAGAGUAAUGUAGG